AGACACUUUAUAACAGCACGUCAGCCCUGGCAUCAAUCUAGUCUGAGAGCGCCUUACAGGACCGACGGACUACCGCUGUUGGGACUCUUUUAGAGAAAACUUGCCUUUGCUUCUUGCGAGCCCAAACCUCCUAUUUUGUGGAAAUACGAGCUCCUCGCUUUAAAUCAUCUGAAAAGAUGCUGCUCCUACUACUGGGAAUCAUCCUCCUGCACGUUGCUGCUCUGGUUCUCCUGUUUGUGUCAACAAUAGUCAGCGUAUGGACGACAGGUGAAACUAGCACCUCAGACCUCUGGAGAAACUGCUCUACUACCAGUGGAGGAUACUACUGUGACCCAGCAUCAACUGGAGAGUGGAUUCAGGCGGUCCAGGCUCUCAUGAUUCUAUCCAUCAUCUUCAGCUGCCUGUCUCUCUUCCUCUUCUUCUGCCAGCUCUUCACUUUGCAGAAGGGUGGACGCUUCUUCCUCACCGGAACCUUCCAGAUCCUUGCCAGUUUGUUUGUGAUGAGUGGAGCCAUCAUCUACACGGUGAUGAGUCCGCAGUGGGUGCCGGAGUCAGACUCCUUUGGCUACUCCUACAUCCUGGCGUGGGUUGCCUUCCCCUUGGCGCUGAUCAGCGGACUCAUCUAUGUCAUCUUGAGAAAGCGAGAAUGAGCCAUCACUCCAUCCCAGUGUUCCCAGUAACCCCCCGCCCAACUGCAAGUGCAUCAGUCCCCCCCCCCGACGUAUAUGCUCUGAUGCCUUAGUACCAACGGCAAAUGGAGCCACCAGGCCAAUACAUCCAAAUCACAGCGAGGGGGAGGGGGUAAUACCAAAAAUCAACAUUUAAACCAACACAAAAACAACCAAUACUGUCUCAGUUAAAAGAUGUAUAUAGUAUCUAUGGUUUAAAACCUAUUUAUAACACUUUUUACAUAUAUGUACAUAGUUUUUGUGUUGCUCUGUCAACAGAUACUCGGAUGAGCUUUGUUUUAGCUGAUUAAGUGCCUCGUAUUUGUUUGUAAUGAUGAAAUAAUUAGAUGCUAUUUUGUUGUGUUUUCUUGUUUUGUUGCCUUUUUUGUUUUGGUAAUUGCCAAAGAGUAAAAAAGAAAAAAAGUUUCUGGAAAUAUAUUAACCAAUGUGCAUGUAUAGAAAUAGAAGGGUUAGAAGAAGAAGAGGAUGGUUUUACUUCUUUUUUUUUUUUUUUUUUUUUUUUGAUGGGCUUAUUUGCAAAAAGAGUGGUAACAUCCAUGGACCUUGCAUAGCCAUGAAAUACAGAUUCGAUCCUUUUGCUAUUUGUGAAUUUGCAAGUUUCAGUGUUUUUAUUUUCGGUAUUUUUCUAUUUCUUAUUUUCAACAAAAAAUGGUGCUAUGUAUUUAUCAUUCCUAUUACUGAUAGCAAUCAUUUACAACAGAGUUACUUUGUUAUUGUUGGGGGUCAAACAGCUCACCGUGAACUAAAGUGAGAAUCAGACAGAGGCACACCUGUCCACACGGUGCCUGACUGCUUCUUUAGGGAACACAGCCGAUUUCACAUUGCGGGUGUCUGAUUUUUUUGCUUCAUCAGCUACUGUUAAAAAAAAUAAGAAUAACAAUUGAGUUUGGCGUGGUGUAGUGAUGAAGUCAAAAGUCAUUUGCAAUGUCAGUAUUACUCCUUCAGACUUUGUCAAGACUUGGAUCACGGUGAAAUUACUUACUAUUAUAAGCUUCAUUUUGGCUCUAUUUGGCUUCACCUUCCCCGUUUGUGUUCAUCUCAUACGUAUGGUUGUUAACGUAUCAAAAAGCCAAAACACCUUUUUAGUAGAGUAUCAUAAAAAUUAAACAACACCGUGGGGCAUUAUAGCCUAUGAGAAAAAGUAUACAUUUAACAUUACUAGAAGCAAAUGCCACCUAGUCAAAGCCAUAUAAGCAAAUACCAGAUGAUAGGAAAAAAUAUUUAGUAUUAACUCUACAUGUGAAAAAAAGGACAGAGAGGUUUGCAGUGAUGAUACAAAUGUCUGUCACAUACUUGAAGUUUGACAUGCUGCGGUCUCUGUCCACUGAUGUCUAUAUGUUUUCUUCUUCUACUGUAUAAAACACUGUUUAUAUGUUGUGCAUAACGGAUGUUGAUGACAAUCUAGCCAAAAACACUCACUUACUCAAUAAAAACUACUCUCACAUGAUCUAACACUGUGUAUUCCACUGUUACAAGGGACUGGAUUCAUGCUAACACUUGAUGCAUGAGGAGCUACAAAGUGCAUAAUGCAGACUUUCGAGUCAUUUUCUAGGCUGCUAUGCUACGCAUACCUGUGCUGCAGAAGCAUCAUGUGAAAAAACUGCCAGUAAAAGGGAAAGCAAAUUCUGUACCGUUUGUGGUGACAAAUCUGUUAUGACUGACUGCAUGUUCGUAUCCUAUGAGAUGAAUCAAAGAUGUCAGCAUAUGAUAUGCAGUGUGCUGCCUAAAAAUUCUUGUGUACAGUCAAGCCAAGCAAGCCUACCUUACAGUAUACGAUCAUACACCGACAGAUCAAAUAAGCUGCCUUGUGCAUGUAGUUGCAAAUGCUGUACGUGACUUGUGUUACACACACUGGGCCAAAGGCACAGUGGCUUGCACCCAAUGGCAGUUAUUCAAAACAUGCGGCUAGUGUUUCGGUGUCAACAGUGUCUCUCCUAGCAUCAGAAAUAAAAGGACUUGGACGUGCCUUGAACACACUGCGAGGGUCUGACCUCCGCUUGACAUCUCCUGUGAGAUCCUGUAGCCUUCCAAAAGGGAGCUAUGUUGUGGUGAAUUAAAGUGUUUAAUUCAGAGCUUUAACUGGCUAGCGUGCUGUGGUUUUUAAGCAACUCAUUACUGGGUUCAGUUAGAAGAGGUUGCCUCUAAUGACAACUGCCCUGUUAUUUUGUGUAAAAUGAGUUCAAAUUGUCCAUUGCCAUGUUUACAUCUAAACUUCCAAAUGCUCUUGAUUUUACCAGUUUAAUCAUUAAAGGAUGUUUCUUACCACCAA